AUGCUCGCGGAUGCGUUCAUAAAGGCUCAUGAUGGAGCCAAAAAGGUCCAGGCCCAUAAGGCGGAUAUUUUCGGGAUAGCCCAAAGGGAUGAUGAAUUACUGCGGGAAUUCGUCAAUCGUUUCCAAAGGGAACGGAUGGAACUCCCUCCGGUUCCGGAAGAAUGGGCUGCACAAGCAUUCACCAAAGGGCUUAAUCCCCGAAGUUCGACGGCCUCGUUCAAACUAAAGGAAAAUUUACUGGAAUACGAGGCUGUGACCUGGGCAGACGUGCACAACAGAUACGAGUCCAAGAUUCGGGUGGAGGAUGAUCAGCUCGAACUUCCUCCGGGUCCGGUAAAUCUAUGUAAAGGAUCUGAGAGGUCUAGAAAAAAUUAUGACCCAGAGAUACGGCCAUCGAGGGAAAGAUACCGGCCGUAUUCUCAAUCAGAGAAAACAAGCUUCAGACCGGAGAAGUCGAGGUCUGGUCCCGGUCAAUUCUCCGGCAGAGGAGAUAGAAGAACCGAGCGUCCAUCAAAUAGCCGAGGGUUGUCGUUUAGAAGUGAUGCCGGAAGUUCGGCAACUAACAGGGACCCACCAAGGAUAUCAGAAUAUAACUUUAGUGUCAACACCUCGGACCUUGUCUCGGCCAUAGGUCGCAUUCCAGAAGCAAGGUGGCCGAGACCAUUGAGGUCGGAUCCCGGCCAACGGGACCCGAACAUGAUUUGUGAAUACCAUGGAACUCACGGUCACAGAACUGAAGACUGUCGCCAACUAAGAGAAGAGGUGGCUCGUUUACUGAAAAAUGGGCACCUUCGUGAAUUCCUGAGUGAGCGGGCAAAAACCCACUACAAGGAAAGGGAGUCGAACAAACGGAUUGAACCGGUAGAGCCUCAGCAUAUAAUCAACAUGAUAAUCGGGGGUACAGAUGCUCCUAGAGGGCCGGUAAUGAAGCGCGCCAAGGUUUCCGCUGUUCGUGAAAAGCGCAACCGGGAUCAUAUACCCGAGGGCUCCAUCACUUUCGACAACGAGGAUGCGAAGGCAUCAUUCAACCAUGGAGCCAAGUGCCCGACGUAG